CCAUAGCAACCGCAGUGGUCCCGGCCGUAAAAGCGCAGACACUGGUCGCGCGCGUUCCUUUCGAGAGCUGUAGAUCCCGUCUCCAAUCGCAGCAGUCCUUCGGCGCAGCCGUCGGCAGCGGUUUAUUAUUUUUCUUUCCCCCUUCCCCGAGGAGUGAAAAAAUGUCCAAAUCAGAGCAAAUCCUUAUUCUGGAUCCGCCUAGCGAUCUGCGAUUUAAAGGGCCCUUCACGGAUGUGGUGACCACAAACCUCCGGCUGAAGAACCCCUCAGACCGAAAAGUCUGCUUCAAGGUUAAGACCACAGCUCCGCGCCGGUACUGCGUGCGUCCAAACAGCGGCGUCAUCGAACCCGGUACUUCCAUGACUGUGUCUGUGAUGCUGCAGCCGUUCGACUAUGAUCCCAACGAGAAAAGCAAACACAAAUUUAUGGUGCAGACCAUUUUUGCGCCAUCCGGUGUUUCAGACUUGGAAGCCGUGUGGAGGGAUGCAAAACCCGAUGACCUCAUGGACUCCAAGCUGCGAUGCGUCUUUGAACUGCCUUCGGAGAAUGAAAGAUCGAGCGACACCGACUCCAGUAAAUCCACCCCCAUGCUGAACUUGUCCAAAGUGGACGGCCCCUUGUCCAUGGCCAAGCCAGGCAGCCUGGCCCUGGACGACACCGAGACCAAGAAGCUGGUGGAGGAGUGCAGGAGGCUCCAGUUGGAGGUUGUCAGGCUGGACAACGAGAACCGGCAGCUCAAGGAUGAUGGCUUGAGGAUGCGCAAGGUCCCCAGGACAGACAGUGCCGUCCCGAGCUCAGCCAUCCUGGCAGGCAGAGACUACGGCUCCAGCUCUCUUCCAUCCUUGCUUGUUGUCAUCGCCGCCAUCUUCAUCGGGUUCUUCCUGGGGAAGUUCAUCUUGUAGUAUGGUGGAAUGGGGUUGGGGUGGCGCCUCUCUGUGCCCGGGGUGGGGGGAGGUCGGGGAGUCGAAAUCAUGUGCUUUCUGUUGACCUGCCGCGUCACAGGUUGGCCACAGCGCCACCUGCAGUAUGCGAUGUACGAUAUCCUGGGCAGACCUUGGCUUUUAACGGUGUCUCACGCGGUUGGCAUGCGCGCAGACUGGAAAUGGAUGGCGCUCCUUUUUUAAGGUGAGCGGAGGUGGAGGGAGAUGAGUGCUUGGGGCUCAUUAUGGAGGAAGAACAAGAAAUGCUACAUUUCCAGAGUGUAGGUACCUGAGGUUAUGGGACCUUUGUUUAAAAACUCAAAGAAUCAUGCUGUCUUUCUCUCUCUGCUUUUAAAAUGACUUGAAUGGAAAAAUACACGUCUUGUAGAUGUUGUUUUAAUCCUUUAAAGAAAAUCAAACACGCAUACAAACGUUUUGCUACCUGUUGCUAAAUUGCCUGAGAAAUUUGUCAGUCUGGAGUAAUUUUCUUUUGGGUGGGGUAUUUGAGGUUUGGUUGGGGUACACAGUGUGAUUUUCCCCCCCCAUGUAUAUUUGUCCAGUAUUUUCCUAUUUCUGCUGACUCCAGCUAAAACGUUUGGGUUGUUAUUAUUAUUAUUAUAUUAUUAUUAUUAUUAUUAUUAUGUACUUUUCCCCUCUACAAAUCAUGUAUCCCUCAUGAGGCAAAUGUCAACUGAAUUAAAGUCUUAAUUCUUACAAUCCUCUCCCAUGGUAUUUAACAAAAAUUAAAAAAAUCUUUAACAUUA